AUGACUAUCACUGCUACAACUACAGCUUUAAGUCUACCCAAUGCCGAGGUAAAGACAUUCCAUAAUUAUCAAGUUGUAUUGCCAACUCAACUACCAAUAAAGCGAUUAUAUAAUCCUUUAAAAGAGCAACUCAUCCAACUGAUCAAACUACCCAAUGAUUUCAAUUCUAAAAAGAAACCCAAUGCCAACAAUACCAACAAUGAAAUACUUGUCAGGAUUAAAAUGUGUGGAAUUAAUUAUUUGUCUGAUUUUAAAUCAUCUGCUAUAAAUAAUAGUGUUAUUCAUAAACUGAGGAAACCUAUUGUACCGGGGAUGAGAAUAAUUUGUAAAAUUGAUAGUAUAAAAAAUAUCAAAUUUUUGAUUUUCCCAUUUACAACAUGUCAAUUGGAAAAUAUUCAUAACCAUCCUCAUCAUGUUCGUCAACAACCAUUAUCAAACAAAGUUGAUAGUAACAAUAAUACUAUUGCUAAUAAUUCUAAUUCUUCUAUUAAAAAUAAUUGUGAUUUGAUCUAUGGUAAAGAUAUUGAUGGUGGAUUACAGACUCAUUUAAGUGUGCCCAAAAGUUUGUUAAUCCCUAUUCCAUAUAACAUUAGUCUUCAUGAUGUUUGUUUUAUAUUUGAUAUAUUGUUACCAUUUUAUAAAUUUUUCCAAUUUGUGAAACCAGGGAAAACCAUUAUUUUAUUAAAUGAUAUCAAAAAAGAAUUGAAUGAGGUUUUAUUAAUUUUAAAAAUAUUCAAUAUUAAUUUUAAUUCGAUAAUUAUUAUUGAUGGUAAUUCUUUAUCACCUCGAUUCAAUAAUAAAUUUGAAACUGUUUAUUGUUUCAAUCGAAAUUUGAAACAUGAAGCCAUUAAUUAUUGUAUUUCUACCGGGUUACAAGCAACAAGAUCAAAAUAUACUGUGUUGACUAGUUUCCCUGUCAAUGUCAAUUCAAUGAUGGUUAAUCCUAAAACCCAUAAACGUCACAAUGCAAGUAUUGAUUCCAGUUUUAGUUCAAUUUCUACUUUAGCAUCCAAUACCAGUUUCAAAUCUGCAUCAAUGAUGAUGGGUGGUGCUGAUGUCAAUACCAAUACCACUACCACUACCACUACUACCACCAACACUGCUAGUAAUAACAAGUUUAAGAAUGAUAAAACUAUUAAAUAUAUGCAAUUGAAUUAUCAUGAUAAACCAUUAUGCAUUGAAGUUUUAAAGAUUUUAUCAGCCAUUAAUUUUGAAAGAGAAGAUCAAGAAAAGCAAAGAAACAAAGAGAAACAACAGCAAGACAAGCAACAAUCACCAGAAUUGGCUCAUGAUGGGAUUAUUGAUGAUUAUAAUUAUAAUUAUGUUGAUGAAUAUGAUGAAAAUAUCAAUGAAGAAAAAUGUCGACAACUUUUAAUAAAUGAUAAUGAUUCAUUGGUUCAUUCAACAAGUUCAACACAUACAGGGUCUUCAACCCUCCAAAUGCAUUCACAAACUGAAUCUGAUCCACAUGGUAGUAAUAAAAACCAUAUAAAGAAGAAUGAGAAAAAGGGGAAAAGAAGAAAAGUGACCACGAAAAAGUAUCAUCAUUAUUCUUGGAUAUGGUGUAAUAAAGAUGUUUAUUUGAAAAAUUAUUAUGAUUUAAAUGAUUAUGAUGUAAAUGAUUUAACCAAUGAUAUUGAUAAUAUUGAUAAUGAGAAAGAGAAAGAGAAAGAUUAUGAUUAUGACUAUGACUAUAAUUAUAAUUAUGAUGAAUAUGGAUAUAAUAGUAGUAAUUGUCACUAUCAUGAUGAUAGAUAUGAUGAUGAUGAAUAUGGCAUUGGUGAUAAUCAUCAAAAUAAAAUCAUUAAACAAAUGAAUCGAUUAUUACAAGAUGAUGUGAAUUUGAAUCGGGUUUGUUAUUUCAAUAGUGAUGAUCAUGACAAUGAUUAUGGAGAUGAUAUUUGUAAUUCUAAUGAUGAAGAAGAAGAAGGAGAAGAAGAAGUUGAUGGGAAUGGUGAUGAUGAUAAUAAUCGGUAUGAGAAUAAAAAUAGUGAUGGUAAUCAAGAAGAUGGCGAAGAUAAUAAGAGUAACAUCGAAGAUAGGAAUAGUAAUACAAGCUCUAGAUUGGGAAAUCGAACUUAUAAACGACAUCGUAAUCGAAAUUGGGCAAAGAAUAUUAAUGCUUGUAUAAUAUAA